AAUUCUACACCGACUUGGUGGAACGAGGAAGUAAAGAUGGCGACGUCUCAGAAAAUGCAAGAACAUUUCCUCACAUGCACCAUAUGUACAGAAGUGUUUGACAAUCCAUGCACCCUUGUCUGUUAUCACACAUUCUGUCGGAAAUGUGUCGUCAACUACACCAAAACCAAACCACAAGCCAUCAGUGCCAAGUCUCUGCAGUGUCCUUUCUGCAGCAAAAUGACGAAAGUGAGUGCCCCUGAGAGAUCAAUAGAUGAGUGGGCGGAUGAUGUCAAACCCAGCUUUGUCAUCCAGGGACUGCUGGACUCAUUUGGCCCCGGACGUAAAGAUACAAAGAACUGCACGUGCUGUCAUCGCGAAGGGGAGAGAACUCCAGCGACUGUGUGGUGCUCGGUAUGCGAUGACGCCUUGUGUGAUGUAUGUGCUGGGGCACACAGCCGCAUCUCAUCCACUCGUCAUCACGAUACAACUGCCCUGACUAGUGAAGCCAUUAUCCCCAGGAAACGAAACCUCAAGUGUAAAGAACACAAGGAUGAAAACAUCAAAUUCCUGUGCAAAGAUUGCAAGAAAGUCACCUGUCACACCUGUUGUGUUAUCUAUCACAGGAAAUGUGAGUCAGUCGUCACACUGGAGUCGGAAUUACCUGCAUUAAAGUCUCAGCUGUUGAAUAAGAAGGAAACUAUUUCGAAGAAGCAAAUCCAAAUGGAAGCAAAAGUUCAUGCUGUUAAAGUGAACGUCGUUUCUGAAAAAGAUCGAUAUGCCAGAAUGGAACAUGACAUCAAGUCUUUUGGUAACAACGCGAGAGAGAAGAUAACUCUUAUGGAAAAUAUACUUCUAGAUGAACUGAAAGAAGUUUCUGAAAAGCACAUUGAACAACUGACAGCCGACCUAAAGUCGAGUGAAAUAUCAGUACAGAUGUACCGACAACAAACUGAGCUGAUAGACCAGAUUCUACAAUCCGAGUGUGACAUGGACGUGUAUGAGAUGUAUCAGGGAUGUGAGGCCGGUGAUGUGGAUGCUGUCGGAGACGAAGACGUGAAGAAGAGGGGUAGAAUAGCCAGGAUCAUGUUCAGACAGAACGAAGACAUGCUGAGUAGAGCUCUGGACGAUCUACAGCUGGGUGAGAUAGAUGUCCAGUAUGACGGUUUGGUGAACUUGGAGGCAACACCUGUAUCUCAAGACACCAGUAACGUACUGGAACUGAAGGGUGCUCGUGUGUCACAAGACACUGGUAAUGUGCUCGGCCUGAAGGCUGCUCCUGUGCCACAAGACACUGGUAACGUGGCUGCUCCUGUGUCACAAGACCCUGGUAACGUACUGGACCUGAAGGGUGCUCGUGUGUCACAAGACACUGGUAAUGUGCUCGGCCUGAAGGCUGCUCCUGUGCCACAAGACCCUGGUAACGUUCUGUCACAAGACACUGGUAACAUACUGGACCUGAAGGCUCCUCCUGUGUCACAAGACCCUGGUAACGUGCUGGACCUGAAGGCUGCUCCUCUGUUACAAGACACUGGUAACGUACUGGACCUUAAGGCUUCUCCUGUGUUACAAGACCCUGGUAACGUGCUGGACCUGAAAGCUGCUCCUGUGUCACAAGACACUGGUAACGUGCUGGACCUGAAGGCUGCUCCUCUAUUACAAGACCCUGGUAACGUGCUGGACCUGAAGGGUGCUCCUGUGUCACAAGACACUGGUAACGUGCUGGACCUGAAUGCUGCUCCUGUGUCAGAAGACCCUGGUAAUGUACUGGACCUGAAGGCUGCUCCUGUGUUAAAGGACUCCAUUAACGUUAGGGUAGCAGGAGGCCAGUAUGAAGUAUACCCUGCUGACUUAACAGUGUUGGCGGUGAAUGGUACAGACACAUUGGUUGUAACAGACUACACCAACAACAGUGUGAAGUCCUUCUACACCAGGAACAAACAACGAAGUCACAGCAAGCUCCAACUGGGAUGGUCUCCGUGGGGUAUAACAAAGCUGAAACACAACCAGGUGGCCGUCACUGUAACGGAUACCAGACAGAUUGUAACAGUUAAAGUGAACCCUGAUCUGGUACUGCUGUCGACCAUCACAACCAGCAAACAGUACAGGGGUAUAACGUCUCUGACACCAUCAACACUAGCAGCAGGUUCUGAUAGUGAUAAAUAUGUGGAUAUUCUGGACAUGAGAGGAAACGUCCUGAAGUCGAUGAACGCUGUAGUUAGCGGAAAAGAAAUGAUACAUUAUCCUUCCUUUCUUUGUACAACAAGAACAGGAAACAUCCUUGUGUCGGAUGGCGGUUCGAAGUGUGUCCUGUGCCUGACAGCUGAAGGGGACGUUGUGUUCACCUACCCUACACCAGGACGCACAACACUGAGAAGUCCACUUGGUAUCACAAGUACCAGCACUGGUGACAUCCUGGUUACUGACUACUAUCAACACACUGUUGUUCAUCUCACUGAGUCAGGACAGUUUGUCCGAAACAUACUCACUGCAGAUGAUGGUGUCUCGUACCCGCACGGAGUUUGUGUAGGUGGACGUGGUCGUGUGUAUGUUUGUAAUUACAGUUCAGGUGAAAUCAAAGUAUUCAGUUUCAGUAACACAAAAUAGACCUUUGAUUCUUUCUCAAGUGAUCAUUGCAUCUGUAAAUAUUCCAAUUAACUACAUUUACAACGACCUCCUGACUGUAAUGCACUGUGUGUCUGAGUAUAUCUAAUAUAUAGUGUGAAUGAGUAUUUCUGACUGCAUAGUGUGAAUGAGUAUAUAUCAUGUAUAGAUUGACUAAGUAUAUCUAAUAUACUGUGACUAAGUAUAUCUAUCUAAUAUACUGUGUGUCUGAGUAUAUCUCAUGUAU